GAGAAACCAGGGGGCGAGGCGCCGUCCAAUGACAAAGCCCAGGGGUGGGCGCCGGCCGCCAUCUUGUACCGGGCGGCAGGAUAUUCACCCGCGUCCUCCGCCCUCGGAGGGGGAGGGGCGGCGGCGGAGGCGAGAAAAGUAGCGAGAGACGCGUCAGCAGCGGCCGCUGCCGCGGAGCUGGACGCGGGCGGGGACGGCGGCGGCAGCGGGACGCGGCGAGCGCGGGCGGCCCGAGCGGCCUCCGAUGAGGCGCAGCGUGAAGAAGCGGCGGCGCCGGCCCCCGGCCGUCCCGGCCGCGGCCGCCCGGGGCGGCGGCUUUAGGGCAGGAGGAGGGGCUGGACUGGAGGCGCGGGAGGAGAAGGUGGUGUACUCUCGGUCGCAACUGUCGCUGGCCGACAGCACCAAGGCGCUGAGCGACGCCUUCAAGCUGUUCAUGCCCCGCAGCACGGAGUUCAUGAGCUCGGACGCGGAGCUCUGGAGCUUCCUCUGCAGCCUCAAGCACCAGUUCUCCCCGCACAUCCUGCGCAGCAAGGACGUCUAUGGCUACUCCUCCUGCCGGGCCCUGGUGCCAGACCCCCCGGGACCCCCCGCCACUCGCCGCCAGACGCGCCGGCCGGCCCCGCGCGCCGCCGCCAGAAGGAGGCGCCGUGGAGCCCGGGCGGCCGCCGGCGGCAGGAGGAAGCCCCCGCCGCCGCCGGCCACCGAGGAGAGCUGCCCGGCCAAGCUCCUGGCCUCCGGGCCCUGCUUCGGGGGCCGCACCCUGGAAGAGAUCUGGAGGGCGGCCACCCCGACGCUGACCACCUUCCCCACCAUCCGCGUCGGCAGCGACGUGUGGGGCGAGCGCAGCCUGGCUGCAGCGCGGCGCAAAGCGCGCCAAGUCCUGCGAGUCAACCUGGAACCCAUGGUGAGGCUCCGCCGCUUCCCCGUGCCCCGGGCGUGAGGCGCCGCCCCGAGGGCGCCUCCUGCCGGCCCCGACCGUGGGUCGGCGCUUCCGCCUGGAGGAAUGAACAGAUGUCAGUCGAGUGUUUACAGAUCCGGCCCAGACCCCGUCCCCUAGUGCACUUUACGCGCGAAGAAGUCGCCGGAUGGUUUUCCCUGCCCCGCGUCCCCGGGAUGCGGCGGCGCCGUCGGGGACUCCUGAGCAGGUGUACCCUCUGCUGCCUCCGGCGCCGAUCCGCGGAGGGCGGAGGCAGCUGGACCUGCAGGGGGUCUCUUUUCUUCCUAACCCCAGAUUGAGACGUCUCCAGGACUGGAGGGGCAGAUCUGUUUCUCCCUUUUGGACUACCUCACUGGUCUGGAAGUCCUCCGAAGAAGUCAUUAUUUUUCCAAAGGAAUUUGGUUUCAUGCUUGUGUAGUAAUGCCAGAAAUCACUCGCUCUUUAUCCCGUCCCCCCUUUUUCUUUUUGACUGCCACCCCUCUUUCUGGACGAAAAAGAUCGAGCAUGUUUUGUGGUGGUGCACUAGUUUGUGCUCAGGGUAUUCUGAAUCCCACUCGUUUCCCGAUUUUUACUGGAUUCCAAAGCUUUAACCAAGGAUAUUUUUAAUAGAGGUUCAAGAUAGUAGUGCAAGGAUUUGUAUGGCUUUUAAUUUCACGGGCUCAGUGAUUACAAACAAAGAGAUGCAAGUACAACUUGAAGGUGUUUCUAAAGAUUGAAUAUUGAAAUGAAAUGUUUAUAGUUACUGAGCUCCUAAAGAAAAUGGUAGAAUACUCAUAAAGUUUUGUUUAGGAAUAAAUUGAAUAAAAAUUAAAGUGCAUUGAAACCACGUGGCUUGUGAUGAAAACGAAUGAAUUGUGAAGAACUGGUGUUGGUUACAGGAAGGGCUGGAAUCCUGUUAGAGAUGAUUUGGCCUCAUGUCCUGGUCUAACAUACAAAUCCAGGAAUAUUAAUGCAAGGAUAAUUUAUUUUAAAACAGGAGUUGUAUAGGAGAGGUGAAUUGUGUGUAAGCAUUGUGAUUAAAUUGAUAAACAGAAUACCCAUUAGAAUUCUCAGAACUAUUAAUGAUCUAGAGGGGUGGGGGCAUUUCUUGGUAUCAAAUAACUGGUUGAAGUUUCUUUGGGCAAAAUAGAUCUCUUUAUUUCUUGUUUUUGUUGUUGGAUAACAAGAAAUGUCGAGACUAAUAUCACUUUUACAAACAUCAUGACAAUUAGUUGACUUUUUUGUCCCAUAAAUUUCCUCUUCCUUCUGUUCAUAAUUAUAUUUAUAAUUCUAGGUCUUUGACAGUUGAAGACCACAGGAAUUAAACAGGCAAGCCACACAGAGUACUGACCCUUCUUUUACACUUUUAUGAUAGUGUUUAUACCAUAUGGCCCAGUGUAGAAUUCUUGAUUAUCCAAGUGCCUUUGGUCGUUAGUGGCAGCAAGACUUAAUGGUUUUUAGCCAGUGGUGCCACAGCCAGCUUUUACUGCAAUACCUAAAGGGUCAAGUAGUUUUUUUGUACCACUAUUAUUUCAAAUUUAAGUAUUCUGCCAUGCAACGAUCCAUACGGGGCUGGAACUUGACAUGCAAAAUCCUGAAUACUAAGGUUUAUCUCUGUUUGGCAUCCUCGUAGGAGAAUAACAAGAGUUACAGUUUUGACCCUUGUGUUCCUAGGAUUCAAAUGGCAUAGAUUUAUGAAAUGAUUUUUUUCAAGGUUAAUAGUCCAUAGUAGGAGUGUUGUGAUUUUAAUUUCAGUGUUCUUGUUUUGUUAAAAAAAAAUGCAUAUAUAUAUAUGACUUUAUGCCAGUUUCCCAGUAAGCCUCAUAGUCUUAUUCACUCAAUGAUAAUGUGUUGUUACAAACACUGUUACAUGAGUAAAUAAAAAGUGAAUACUUAGAAGGUGGAGAGUGUUAAAUUAUAUUUGUGUGAUAGGAAGCUUAGACAUGUUCUUUUGGUUAUUAGCUUCCAUUGCCAAUUCUAUUUCAGAUACAUAGGAUUUUCUUUGCCAAAAUAUAUUGUUAACUUUUAUAGCUAACUAGCACCUGAAAAAAAAAGUACUGCUUCAUCAUUGUAUAUAGUUUUUAUAAUAAUUAAAAAAUCAAAUGGCCAUAUUAGAAUGUAAUUUCAACAUAUAGCUUAUCUAGUUUCCCAGAAGAUUUUGAAAUUAGGCUUAGCUGGGAGGAUAACUUUGCUCCGCACACAACUGAAACAGCAGUUGACACCAUGCGUUUAUUUUAACUGAGAUUCUUGACUUUUUUUCUUAUGCCUUGUUACUUUAGUGCACUUGAACUUGCAUAAAUGCUUCUUUGGAUUAAUUGGGCUGUUUGAUUUCAGUUUGGAUCUGAAUUCCCAUCUUGAAUUCAAUAUGGUAUUCAUCUGGGCUAUUAAAAAAAUCAGUGUCAUUUCUGGUUUGUGAAAUAAGAUGUAAAAAAUUAUUAUUUUUGCCAAGUUUUCUUUAGCAAAACCUAUGUUACAACUUCUAAAAUGUGAAGAAACAUCUAAAAUAGUUGACUAGUAUAUUAGUAGGAAAGUAACUUUGGGCACAAUGUGAAAAGAAACUUGGCACAGUGGCCUUUAUGGUGAGGCAUAUUUACUGUCCUUUAAAUAGUGAGUCUGUAGCUUAGCUUGUGUAUAGUUUUUUUUAAAGAAAUCCCAUGAUCUUUAUUUGUUCUUUUGCCUUCUCUUAUAUCUCAUAUGGCACAAGUAGAGGGGGAAUCUAGGAAGAAAUUUAUCACCUUGUCAUGCUUUUAUUUCAUUUUUAACUCCUGAGUGCCUACAUGUGGUGACCGGCACCUCGAAUGACCUUAUGAGAUUCCUAAUGUCAUUUUUAUCCUCCUUCCUGUCAACCAGCAAUUUAUUUUUAUGUUACUAAAACCAGUAACUUCGUGAUUGUUGAGGGCAAACUUCGCUGUUGAUAGUGCAAAGUGUUGUGGUGUGUAUUUAUUUUGUCCAAGUUGGAGUACCCUAUGGGACAAGUGAAACUUAAGCUGGUGGCCGACACCAAUUGAUUUGCCAUGUGCAAAUGAUAGUACUGUCUUUCAUAAAACUCUUCAAUAAAAAAAAAACUUUAAAGAUAAUUGAAUACAAAUAUCUGAGCAAUUUUGAACUCAAAGUCUUUUGUUCUUGUUUUAAGGAUUGCCACAGCACUCUUUAAAUUGGUGGUUUUUAAUGGACAUAUAUGCCUAAUAUUUACUUUAUUUGUGUGUUUAAAAUAUUUUUUGAUAGACUGUUAUGUCUUAAGUGCAUUAGAAAGCAAUUGUUUGUGAUGGAACUGAAGUGUUUUCCUGGAUAGUUUGAUGUGCAUAUGAUUGCGAUUUAUAAUCUGGUUGUACUUUGCUUUUUAACUUAUUAACUGUAAAUA